UGACAAAGCGGCUGACUGCCUGGCCGUGCAGCUGUGGGCUUUGCUCUAUAGUGGGCGCAGGCGCGCUCCGUUCUCACAGAGCGCUGUAUUGAGUGUUUGCAUUGUGUCUGAACUGCCGGAGAGCUUUAAAAAAUAUACCAACAGCAGCAAUGUCGGGCAGGUCAGUUCGCGCGGAGACCAGGAGCAGAGCGAAAGAUGAUAUCAAGCGGGUUAUGGCCGCUAUUGAAAAAGUACGAAAAUGGGAGAAGAAAUGGGUAACGGUUGGAGACACGUCCCUCCGAAUCUUCAAGUGGGUCCCUGUAACAGAGCCAAAGACUGACGAGAAGAGCAAGAGCAAGAAGAAAGGCAAAGAUGAGAAGUGUGGCUCGGAGGUCACGACCCCGGAGAACAGCUCCUCUCCUGGAAUGAUGGAUAUGCAUGAUGAUAACAGCAAUCAGAGCUCCAUCGCAGACGCCUCUCCCAUAAAGCAGGAGAACAGCAGCAAUGCAAGCCCAGCCCCAGAGCAGGCCCCUGCUCCCCAGGGAGAGAGUACCGAAGCCAAGCCAGAAGAGAGCCAGGCCUCUGCAAAGGACCAGAGCAGCCCAGAGGGCAAGAAUCCCAACUCAUUAGAAAACUCUGGAACCAGCUCAGAAAAGGCAGAAGCACAGCCUUCGGGAGACAAAGAUUCCUCCUCAGAAGUAGCCCAAACCACUCCGGUUUUCCACCUUGGGAUUUUGAAGGAAUCUGAAGAGGGUGCUCCACCUUCUAAAAAGGUUAAGACGGAGGCACCCCAGCCGGGCUUUGAGGAGAGUUAAACUGUUGGAAGUGUUUCCUGCCAGGCACACUAAUUGGGUCUCUGAGGAUCCACAGUCGUUCUGGAAAUUCUCUCCCACUUGCCAAGAACAAACUUGUCUUCUCCGUGACAGCCAGCUCCAGUCUCUACACCCUCCGGAACGACAGGAAGAGCUUUCACCUGUGAAAAUAGACGCUGACGACAACAACCAUAUUCAAACCUAACAUUUCUUCUCCGGGUUCCUUUUGUUCUGUGAAAUGGGUUGAAAUUCUCAGGAGGGUCUGCGCACUGUUUUUUAAUGUCAAGAUCACAGUUUAUUCUGCUGCUGUAGCAGGGAUGGAAAUUAGACUCCCAUUGCAUAGCAGUGUGAGCCAGUCCUGGUUUUACUACAAGUUUAACAGAACACACUUGAGUGUGUUACCCAUACACUGUGGCUAAUCAAGCUAGUCGUAAAAACUGGAAUGGGUGAAACUGCUAUGCGACAGGAGUCUUAUUUCCCUCUGUGUCGUGUUGUUGUUUUUUUUCCUUUAUUUAACAAAGUAAGGUAUUUAAAGGAUGGUACAGGUCAUGCAUUUAGCUUUUCAUGUGAAGUUUAUAGUUUGUAGCAUAGUUUCUGCUUCAUUGUGUGCCUUUAUUUUGUGUUGUUUUUUUUUCCACUUAUUCUACAGAUGUCCUAUAUUUAUUGUAAUUGGCUUUGAUUCUUUUUUUUUUACCUUUUAUAACAGAUACAAUUAAGCAGUAGCACUAAAGUGUUUCUGAAUCAUUUGCAUGUCUUUUUUUUUAAGAAAUAGUGAUCAAGUUUCAUAAAACAAAAUGCUGACCGGUGGUAACUGCAUUUGGCAUUAACUUCCAGUGAUUUUAUAUUGAUCAUUCAGAAAACACAUUCAUUAUUGGUGCCGAGUUUUACACUUUAGCAUUCCUAGAGUAUUGCCACGUUGUACCAGUCUGUCAUGCAAUGCAAUCUCAAGGGAGAAUUUAACUCUAAGUUAACUUUGAGAUUCCCAGUCUAAACAACGCUGCCUGUGGAGUCUUUGUGUAAUGUAAUGUAAUUGUGGUUUUAAUCCACAGUAAUAACGAUAGUGUACAAAAACUAAACUGAUGGCAAGAAAAAUAAUCGCUGGCUGUGAGCAAGAACUAACAAACCUGUAGUUUUGAAAUAUUACAGUAGCAUGUAUCUUUUUAAUAUCAAAACAGAAAUGAGCCAAUGGUUACAGGAAGUGUGAUUUAUAGCAACGUUCUGUAACCUUAAUAAUUACCCAGUAGAAAAUAGGAGCCAUUGUUCUUGUAUCCAGCCAGCAACUUGUGUCUUGUAACUGCUUGAAUAAAGAAGUAUGGGGGGUGGGUGUGAUAUUAAUAGCUCUAUUACUUGUAUUUGCAGUACUGGAUAUUUACUUGAGUUGGUGGAUUUCUGUUUUGUUUUGUUUCAAUAUGUAUAUUUCGUUCCAGAAUAGAUAUUUUUUUAAAAACUGAUCCGCACACAUUUUAUAGGGAACGUUGAACUUGUAGUCUAAGUUCCUGCAGCCCAAUACGAGUGAUAUGAUAGGCGUAUACACUGUAGGAAAAAAUAUUAUCUUGCAUUUAGUUGAUGGUUUUUGCAUUUUGUUUUUAGAAAAACGAUUUGUGAAAAUGUUAUUGAACAACAAAGUCACUAAAUUCUUUAAUUUAAAAAAAAAAAAAAAGCAUAGGGUGCAAAAAAGGCAACAGUCAACACUAAAGCACCAGCCUGGUGUGUUUCUAAAUCCUUUUUCCUGUUGUGUAAUUUACGUGAGAUACAGUGGUGUAUUGCGUAUUUCAGAUACACAGUUUUACAAAGCGUCAAAGACAGUUACGGCUUUCUCAUACUAUAAAUGAAUGUAGGUCCCUGUUGGGUAAAAUGCAGCUUCUGUUGUCUAAAAUGUUAUUUUUAAUAUGUAGUACUAACAUUUCUGUACACGUCUGUUCCUUUUCAAAUGAAUUUGUAACCCUGGACUGUGAUACUGUUUUUGAGCCGCGUACUGUAGUUCUUUUACAGCAGUGCUUCUGUAUGGAAACUGCAGUGCAUUGCUUUCCCUUAAAACCCAUCAUUGUAUUUAAUUGUGAAGUUGUAGUUGUUCCUCAGGUAUAGGGGGUCUGCAAAUACCUCAAUCACAGUCCCGAAGUGCUGGCACUUACAGCUGACGUGUCGACGACACAGUGUGUGAUUUUACUGCUGAACAAUUACAAAUGAAUAACAAUAAAACAAAUAGGACUUUUCAUUCCACAAACUAUGUUGUCAAGGGAUCCUUGUAGAGAGAUCUGCUAAAAUACAGUUGUUUUUAAACCUGCGAAUCACUGGUCCCUUUUCAAGAUUUUAUUUUGUCACCAUCUUCAAUAGUACUGUGUGUUGUACAGCAGUAAUGAAUUUUCUUUUCUUCUCUUAUUUAUUCCAUCAGUAGCUAUUGGUUAUGCCAUGUACAAUGGUUUUGUUUUAAUAAUAAAAAAAAAGUCACAAAACAA